GAUGUAUCGAUAAGCCGUCAACAAUUGUAGAGGCCGGCGAUAGCCGCCUGAUGGAAUUUCCUGAAUUCUUGCAUUAAUUACAAUAUUUAUAAUGGAUUUAACACUGAACGAUGAAAGCAAACCGCCACCGUCUAAUCAGCAUCCACUGGCGGACUACAAUUUCAGUGCGGAUGAGUUGAAGGCGUUACGUGAAUGCAAUCAGGAAUCAUUUGUGCAGCGUUCGCUGCCCUUCGGCACCGGCCUGGGUCUGUUGGCCUAUUUUGGCGUGAAGAACGGUUACCUGCGGGGCAAUGGCAAGUACGGAGCAGUGCCCAAGGUUGUGCUGGGCGUGAUAAUGGGCUAUUUUGUCGGCAAGUUUAGUUACCAACAGAAAUGCGCUGAGAAAAUAAUGCGAUUGCCCAACUCCCACCUGGGUGAACUGCUCAGACAACGUCGGCAGGGCGGUGGCAUCAUGAGCAGCAUGACUCCAGAUGAGAAUCUGGGACGUGCAUUCACCUUAGCCCCAUUCACGCCCAGCUCUGCGGAUGUCUACACCGACGAUGGAUUCAAGCCGUCGCGAAACACGGCUCUCAAUCUGGACACGGAUUCGCGACCAACGCUAUCGGGUCUGGAUGAUAUCUACAGGCCCAACUUGGACACUGAUAGCACAAUGGAGGACACGGAAUUGCCACUGCAGCCAGCCAAGCCAGGCGAGUCGUACGAAGAUCUGCGCAAGAAGAAUCGCGAGGAAUACUUGAAGCAUCAGCAAAGCCCAUACUCAAGGCCAUAUGAGGCGCCCGUGCAACAACAACAACCGCAGCGUCCUUUGGCGCCAGCACACGAACAACUAGCUGGCAAGAAGAACAAAUACGGUGAUUCUUGGACAGAUUAAAAGCCGAGUCUUCUUGUGAAUGCAAUAUAAAAUGUUUAUUUGCUUUGUUUGACAUAAAGCAUACAUAAAAAGGUGUUAAAAUAUAUAAUAUGAUUAUUUAGAA